AUGAUGAAACUAAACUAUUCCCUCUGUACCUUCUUCAUCAUUCUUGCAAUCAUUUCCUUCUUGCAUGCAAAACAACCCCUCGAAAAACCAACCACUUUCGCCUACUCCAUCUACUACCAUGAUAAUUCAUGCAAUCAACAAUCUAUUUCAGCUAUUGAAAUCUAUCCUGUUUAUGGACAAAAUGGAACUUGUUUCCAAAACUUUGAAAGCUCAUCCCAUUUCAAAUACAUGAAGGCAGUUUGUGGAAAGGAUUCAGCCACCAUCUAUACAUACUGUGUAGACAGUAACUGCCAAUAUUGUGAUGCUGUCUACGAUUGGAAAUUUCACAAGAAUGAAUGUGGAAUGCAAAAUGUCGGAUGUGGAAAUAUUCCACAACUUGUAGUUCCUUUAUUGUACACCUAUUCAUUUGAAUAUAUAGAUGCAGAGAAUAGUUGUUCUGGGAAUUUGGUUUCAAUUGCUGGAGAAGAUGUAAAUUAUUGUGAACAAGUUACUGGAAAGGAAUUCGAAAGGGUUUCCUGCAAUCAAACAACUUGGACAAGGUCUUAUUAUUUGAAGGAUGAAAGUUGCAGUGCUAAUAGUUUUACGUAUAGUUUGAAUGGACGAACUAAUGUUUGUAAAGAUCAUUCCAUGUUGACUUGUGGGAAGGUUCUUCAAUAA